AUGUCUUCGUUAUCAACAUUAUUGAAUGAUGAUGAUAGUAAUGAUAAAGAAGAGGCAGUAGUACCUAUUGAUAAGAAAGUGAAUUUUUUAAAUAGUUUAAAUUCAAAUUUGAGUAAGAUUUUAAAUAAUGAUGAGUUACAAUUACAGUUACAAGAUUGGAAAUUCAUUAAUUUACAAGAAUUUGAACUCAUUUCAAAUUGGAAUGUUAAAAAUAUUCAAUUGAAUGAGAUUUAUAACAUUAUUAAUGAUUUAGAUACUGAAUGUAACGAUUAUUUCAAUAGCUAUAAAAUUGAUAGAUUGAAAUUAAUCAAACAAACGUUGCAACAAAAACUGAAAGAAGACGAACAAGAAAAGAGACAGCAACCAAAAUCAAAGAGACUACGUAAUAGUACUACUUCUAAGGUUACUGAUAUCAAAAUGGAAGAUGGUGAAUCAGAAAAUAUAAAUUCAUUGGAAAAUGAUUCAAUGUUAGACGAAACAGAUCAACAGAUUCUUGAUCUUAGUGAAAAUCAAGAUGUGGAAGAUGAUAACCGACAAGAAACUGAAGAAGAUGAAGACGACAUUGAAGAUGAAAUAGAAGAUGAUGAAGAAAAUGAAGAAGAAGAAGAAGUAGAAGAAGAUCUUCAAAGCGAAGCUUUAGAAGUUGAAGAUAAUGACGAUAAAGAUUUUACACCAGAUGACUACAGCAAGCCAGCAAAAUAUCAUCUAAAGGAUAAAUCACUCAAUUUAAAUAGUGACAAGACAAAAAUCGUUCGUGAACUGAUAAAGAUGUCAAAUAAAAAUAAAAUUCCAAGGAUUAAGAAGAGAAAAUUCACAAAUUGUCUUGUUAUGGAUUAUAAAAAUAACUCUAAAGUAAUAAUAAAAAUUACGUUAAAACAAUUCCAUGUAAGAAAAUUAAAAAGAUUACUCAAUGAAUCAAAGCGUAAGAGAGAGGAAGAGCAAGAAGGUGUUGAAGAAGAGCAACAUCCAAAACGACGUAGAUUCACCGAUGACAAGAGGAAAUCAAAUACUAACAACAAUCAUGAUUUACCAACCUAUGGUAUGAAAUUGUCAUUGAAAGAAGCAAGAGCAAUCAAACGUCAUCACGAUAAUACUUACAUAACAAUUUGGAAAGACAUGGCUCGUAAGGAUUCAAAUAAAAUGCUUCGAUUAAUUCAGCAAAUUCAAUCUACCAGAUAUAAUAAUUUUAGAAAAACUUCAUCCCUUUGUGCUAGAGAAGCAAGAAAAUGGCAGUCAAGAAACUUCAAGCAAAUUAAGGACAUGCAAACAAGAGCAAGAAGAGGUAUUAGAGAAAUGUCCAAUUUUUGGAAGAGAAAUGAACGUGAGGAAAGAGAAGUCAAGCGUAAAGCAGAAAAAGUUGCUCUAGAAGCUGCAAAGAAAGAGGAAGAAGAAAGAGAAGCAAAGAGACAGGCUAAGAAAUUGAAUUUCCUUUUAACUCAAACUGAAUUAUAUUCUCAUUUCAUUGGAAGAAAAAUUAAGACCAAUGAAAUUGAAGGGAAUGAGAAACAGAAGCAUAUUAAUGAUGAUAUCGAUUUGGAAGCAACAAGUGCCAAUAAGAAUGAAUUCAACUCCAUUGAUUUCGAUAACGAAACUGAAGAGCAAUUGAGAUUAAAAGCAGCAGAAAACGCUUCAAGUGUUCUCGCUCAAACAAGAGCAAAGGCAAAAGAAUUUGAUAAUCUACAUCUUGAAGAAGAUAACAAUGAAGAGGAACUGAAUUUCCAGAAUCCGACCUCAUUGGGUGAAAUCACAAUUGAUCAAUCAAAGCUAUUGGCUUGCACAUUAAAGGAAUAUCAAUUAAAAGGUUUAAAUUGGCUGGCAAAUCUAUACGAUCAAGGUAUCAAUGGUAUUCUUGCAGAUGAAAUGGGUUUAGGUAAAACCGUUCAAUCUAUAUCUGUUUUAGCUCAUCUAGCAGAACGUUACAAUAUAUGGGGUCCAUUUUUAGUCGUAACACCAGCAUCCACGUUACAUAAUUGGGUUAACGAAAUUUCUAAAUUCGUCCCAGAUUUCAAAAUUCUUCCAUAUUGGGGGAAUGCAAAGGAUCGUAAAGUUCUUAGAAAGUUCUGGGACAGAAAGAAUUUAAGAUAUACUAAGGAUGCACCAUUUCAUGUGAUGGUUACCUCAUACCAAAUGGUCGUAUCCGAUGUCAACUACUUGCAGAAAAUGAAAUGGCAAUACAUGAUAUUGGAUGAGGCCCAAGCCAUUAAAUCGUCCCAAUCGUCACGUUGGAGGAAUCUUUUAAGCUUUCAUUGUCGUAACAGACUAUUAUUAACUGGUACCCCGAUUCAAAAUAAUAUGCAAGAAUUAUGGGCACUGUUACAUUUUAUCAUGCCUUCACUGUUUGAUUCACACGAUGAAUUCAGUGAAUGGUUUUCUAGGGAUAUUGAAUCGCAUGCUGAAUCAAAUACGCAGAUAAAUCAACAACAAUUAAGAAGGUUACACAUGAUCUUGAAACCAUUUAUGUUGAGACGUAUAAAGAAAAACGUUCAAUCAGAAUUAGGAGAUAAGAUAGAAAUUGACGUUUUAUGUGAUUUAACUCAAAGACAAGAAAAACUCUAUAAAGUUUUGAAAUCUCAAGUUUCAAGCAAUUAUGAUGCUAUUGAAAAUGCUGCUGGUGCCGAUGAUGCAGGAAGUGAUCAAAACUUGGUAAAUUACGUCAUGCAAUUUAGAAAAGUUUGUAACCAUCCUGAUUUAUUUGAAAGGGCAGAUGUGGAUUCUCCGUUUGCAUUCGUUAAUUUUGGUAGAACAAGUUCCUUACUAAGAAGGAACACAACAUUUAACGGCGGUAGCGGAGGAAUGACAACCGGCAAUAGCGGAAACAGCGCCAACAUCAGUGCUUUCAAUAGUAGUACUAAUUUGAAAAUCGCCAGCAAUUCUAGCAUAGACAAUUUGAAUAAUACAGUUAGAAAAUACUUUAAUAUGUUAGAAGUAGUGUAUUCAACAACGAAUCCAAUUCGUUACAGUUUACCAAAGUUAAUUUAUGAAGACUUGAUUUUACCCAACUUUGCCAAUAAUGUCGACGUUUUGCAUAAAAUUGUAAAUUAUGAGAUGAAUAUUUUGAACCCUACAACAAACCGCGAACUGUGCGAAACUCUAUCGAGAAUGACUGGCUUGUCUUUUGACUCGUUCACUACUCUAGCACACAAAAAAUUAGAGAUGAGAGCUGUUGAACUUAACUGUGAUGAAAUAAUCAAGUCGAAGAAGUGUUCCUUCUAUGCUAAUCUUUUAAUGAUGGAUCAUACAUCUCAGUUGACCGAACUUUCUAAAGAAACUACAAAAGGUGUUCUCCAGUCUCUAUUAAGUAUCAAGGAAAGGGUUUAUACUGACCAAUACUGGAAUUCAUUAAGUCCUGCCUAUCAGGAUCGUGCAUCUGCUAGUCCAAUAUCUAUCCAAGUACUUGGUUCCAGUAAUUUUACAAACAAAAUCGAGGGCGAACUAUUUGACCCAGUUAUAUCGCAAGCCCUAUCCGAUAUCCCUCCAAUUAUUCAAUACAACAUGCAUGUAUACAGAAAAAUUCCAAUUGAAGAGUUCCCAAAGACGAAUUUAUUCCCAGAACCAUUGAACAAAAAUUUUGCAUCAACUAUUUCUAUGCCAUCAAUGGAUAGGUUCAUCACGGAAUCAGCAAAACUAAAGAAACUGGAUGAGAUGUUACCAAAAUUGAAAAGUGGUAACCACAGAGUAUUGAUUUAUUUCCAAAUGACAAAAAUGAUGGACCUCAUGGAAGAAUAUUUAACUUAUAGACAGUACAACCAUAUCAGAUUAGAUGGUUCCUCGAAAUUGGAGGAUCGUCGUGAUUUGGUUCAUGACUGGCAAACAAAACCAGAAAUAUUCAUUUUCCUUCUUAGUACAAGGGCCGGUGGGUUAGGUAUUAACCUAACAGCGGCAGAUACAGUCAUAUUUUAUGACUCAGACUGGAACCCAACAAUCGACUCUCAAGCUAUGGAUAGAGCUCAUAGAUUAGGUCAGACAAGACAAGUUACUGUUUACAGGUUACUGGUUAAGGGUACUAUUGAAGAAAGAAUGAGAGACAGAGCCAAACAAAAAGAACAGGUUCAACAGGUUGUUAUGGAGGGGAAGACCCAGGAAAAUAAUGUAAGGACUAUCGAAACCACUGCAAGGGUGGAAAAGCAAAAUAUAAGCAAUUAA